AUGAACAAUAAUACUUAAGCUUAAAUAGUAACAACAUCAUAAAAUGCUCGACUUUUAGAAUUAGUUUAAAAUAGUAGAAAACUGGUUCAUGAAGGAUAAAUCUAAAUUUGUUAUAUGCCAGAUGCUCGAAUCUAUUUUGUAAUGAUCAACACCUAUUGUCAAACAAUCUUUCCAAGUACUCCUUGGGUUAUUCUUAAGUCUGAAAAAGGAUUUUCUCUUUUAUAUCCAAAUUCCACUGCAGGUAAGAGUUUCUAGAAUAUUUAGGAUUAAAUGGAAUUUUCAUUUAGAAAGGACAAUAAGGAGAUCUCUUUUUAAAUGCACUUCAAUAAUUAGUAUAAAUAAUUCCUUUUGAAAAUGCUAUCCAAAUUCCUUAAUUCAAAUAAAGCAUCCAAAUUCAUUGCAAAGAUAUAGAUAUUAAUCCAUUAGAAAAUAGUACUACAGCAGUUGGUUAUAUUAAGGCUGGAGGAGAGUAAGUAUUGUACCUGAUAUCUUAUUAAGAGCUUUGAAAGAAGGCUUUAAUUGGUUAGGAGAUAAAAUAGCUAAAGGAGUGGCAGCAGGAGGUGAAUACAUCAAUUCAAAAGUUGAGAAAAAAGAAGAUGUUGAAGUCAAACCUGAAACUAAAAUUAAAGUAGAAACUGCUAAGUCUAAGUUUUCAUAAACAGUUGAUGUAACUGGAGCAUAUCUAAAAUAAUUAUUCACUCCUGUUGUUUAAAAAGGGUCAGAAAUAAAGUAAGAUAUUAAUAAAUAGAUUGAUAAUUCAGAUAGUUAAGGUAAUCAAAUAAAUUUAUAUUAUAAUUAAAGGAUUGAAGGAAGGUCGAGAAAUAUUUGUGGCUACUUGGGAUGCAAUGGGAACUGCUUUGACUGGUUUAGGAUCUGCAUUAUCUAAGAUAGGUGAUUAAAUAGGAACAGACACUAGAGCAAUAGUAGAAAAGAAGUAUGGAUAGGAUGUCUCUGAAACAUAUUUAGGUCCAAAACAAUAAGAUUAAUAAUAAUAAUAAUAAUAAUAAUGA